ACGAUUUAUAAACCACCCAAAAUCGUGCCCCUUUUCCUCUCUCUCCUCCCUCACUCUGUUUUCUCCCUGGUAUUUCUCUUCUGAAUUCACCAUCGAGGCUUUGCUUUGCUCCUUGUCUCUCGCUUUCCCUAAGCCUUUGAGCUGCUUAGCGCCGCCAUGUCGGACGAGGAACACCACUUCGAGUCGAAGGCUGACGCCGGAGCUUCGAAGACUUAUCCUCAGCAGGCCGGCACCAUCCGUAAGAACGGUUACAUUGUAAUCAAAGGCCGUCCUUGCAAGGUUGUGGAAGUUUCAACUUCAAAGACUGGCAAACAUGGUCACGCUAAAUGUCACUUUGUUGGAAUUGAUAUCUUCACUGCCAAAAAGCUCGAAGAUAUCGUUCCCUCCUCUCACAACUGUGAUGUUCCUCAUGUCAACCGUACUGAUUACCAGUUGAUUGAUAUCUCCGAGGAUGGAUUUGUGAGUCUGUUGACUGAGAAUGGUAACACUAAGGAUGAUCUCAGGCUUCCAACCGAUGAUAGUCUGCUUACGCAGAUCAAGGAUGGAUUUGCUGAGGGGAAGGAUCUGGUUGUGAGUGUCAUGUCUGCAAUGGGAGAGGAGCAGAUCUGUGCUCUGAAGGACAUUGGCCCCAAAUAAAUGCACUGCGGGCAUCCUUGAGAAUGCUCAUUUCCCAAGUCCUUUAAAUUCAAAUGAGACAGAUAAAUAGUAAGUAGUGUUUUACUUUUUAAUUAGAGGUUCAAUAUGGGUCUGAAAAAUGGAGGUUAUGUUUCUGGAACGUCUUGAUAAAGAUGUGGCCUCCAGCUAUAAGAUGACUUUGCCAUUAUAUUAAAAUUAGUGUUCUAUGAACAAUAAUUUUUGUUAUGUUCAGUUACAGUCUGAUAACGGAAUUGAUUUUGUUUC